ACGAGUGCAUUGCGUUCUGGUCGUGUCGUCAGUCGCGCGCCACUGAGAGUGGGACCCCGUGUACGUGCAGAAUCGGUCGGCCGAGAGAGCAGUCCGAGGAAAGGGAGUCUCGGAUAAACCGUAGACUUUCAUCAAACUAAUCGGCACACUUGGACUACAUCGACGAGCGUUGUAAAUCGCUUGAUUGAUAGGACGAGCAUGUCACUCAUGGGGCAGAGAGAAAAGGCUGCCCUCAGGCAGUGCAUUCAGGCCCGGGCCCAGCUGGAGGAGGCCCUCGCUGGGGUCAUCAAAGCUGAAGUUCAGCUUAGGAGCAACUCCAGAGAGGUGAAGUCUCAGCUGCACAGCUGUAUCAGUAGACAUCUGGAGAUCCUUCGCUCUCGUGAGGUCUGGCUGCUGGAGCAGAUUGAUCUGGUGGAGCAGCUCAAAGGAGAAACUUUACAUCAGCAGCUACAGCAGCUGCAUUUGCUCAAAGGCCAGUUUGACAUCCUCAUUCAUCAGCUGGAGUACUCCAGUAGUAACAAUCUUGCCACCCAGCUCACCAACUGCCUGGAAAAGCUUUCUUCUCUCAAUCUGACUCCAGAAGAAACCCCAGAGAUGAGUUUCCAAGCAGAUGCACGCAGCUUGCGCCAGGCUAUCACAUCCUUUGGGACCAUUUCCACCCAGAUGGAGACCUCGUACUCUUCUGAGAGACCGUGGCUUCUCCAGGACUGCCCAGUUUCUUGCAAGAGACAGAAAGUAGCUCCUGAAUGGGCCACACCUCUGGCUGAGUGGCUUCUAGGGAACCGUUCAGUAAGCAGUGCUCCAACAGGACACCACUUCAGCACAAACUCCCAGGACUGGCUGCUUGUUUCCAAGGAAUCUCAGGAAGAGCGACAGUUACCUGCCUUUGACUUCCAAAAAGCUUGGGGCCAGCUUCAAGACCUGGAGUCGUGGCUUCUGAAGGAGAAAUUGCCAGUUCGUGAACGAACCUGUAGCGGAAGCUCAACCUUCUCGAUUGAGAUGAUCGAGGAAAGCGACUUAAUUCUGGAUGAGGUGGAAGUGGAAGACCAGCAGGAAAAAGGGGACGACACUGUUGAGGAAGAAGAACUCAGCAAGUGGCUCUUCAGCCCAAGCCCGUUCAAGCAAGAUAAGACCAGCCCGGUGUCAGAUGCUGACCGCUUCAAGCAGAUCAUCAAACCCUUUUACGAGAGCUUCUCCUCCAGCGAUUGGCUACUAAAGUCCGACUGCAGCUCUUGCUGUGCCACACGCAGUGCUGCCGUGGGAAUCGAGAACCUAGGAAAGCUCAAGUGUCUAAAGACUCCACCUUCAUCCGCUGCCAGCACUCCAAUCACCAGUCCAGAAACCAUCGAAAUGUGGCUUCAAAAGACCAUCCCUAUCGAGACCACCUGCAAAGCCAACGAGACCUGUACCAGCUACGCUCAAUGUGUCUGUGACGACAAUUGUGGAAAAGAGGUCCUUAGUGCUUGGCUCCUCAAGAAAGAGGAUCGAGAUAAGAAUGGUGUUCCCGUCAAUAAGAAUGCCCCAAACAAAGCCUCCAGCCAGCAGCAGAAGGUUCAAGCCAUCCUAGAGACGUGGCUGCACCCGAGCAACAGUGCCAAGUCCCCUGCCCUGUCGUCCCUCUCUGCCUGGGUGACCUCGUACAUCAAAACCUCAGACUCUGAGAGCUCCACCCAGGAGCCCUUGCAGAACUGGCUUUUGCCAGCGAUGAAGCACAUAAGCACAACCACUGAGACGCCAAACGAGCCAAAGAGUGAGAACCAUAAAGAGCGAGACAACAAGAACAUCGAGGAGGACAAAUGGCUUCUACGCAAGCGGGCGAGCGCACAGGAAAGGCUAGGCCUGCCCACAGUAUGUGACCUGUUUUCCUGUAUGAAGCUCAGUGGGGACAAAGAAAAGUGGCUACAUCAAACAGCUACACAGAUAUGAAUGCAACAUCCAUUGGCUUUUGGAGAUUGACUCCAGUGCUAUUUAAUCACUUAUUAUUGCACAAUAUUUUUCUUCGGUGCUCUUUAGGGAUUCAUUCUCUCUGUAAUCUUCUGGAGAUUGAAAGGGUGAUCUGGACUAAAGGUCUUGUCCAGGAGGCAAGGCUUUUGGUACACCAUCACUUGAGGACGGAUUAGUCAUUUUGCACUUUUAUUGGCUUAACACAGUUAAAUUCCAGUAAUGUGGAGGAGACCAAUGUGUUUAUAUUAGAAUUCACUAAUGUGAUUUAGAAAUCACGAGGAAAUUGACCAGAUUGGUGCAU